AAACCUCUCCAAGCCUGGCUGUAAAAGGCCCGGUUGUUGGCUACCAAAUCUGCUGUAGUCUUGCUGCGACGUUCAAUGAGUUGUCCAGGGUAACGUAAACACGCAGGGUCUCUCAGUACAGGGGGGAGAAUGGUUCCCUAUGUGCAGGUCUUUCCCGCGCACGAACAAAAGUCCUGCAUGUUCUACACUUAAAAGGUCAUUUUGUAAACACUGGAAAGGCCGGCAUUUUUCUGGGAGGUAUGUAGAACUGUAACCCGCCAUAUGCGGCGUGGAGACGUGUUUUUUUCCAAGGGUGGGGAGGAAAAAACGGAGGUAUUUUUACGAUUUUCCGUGCUGAGGCCAGCUGUUGUUGUGUCGUUGUUGUGCACUUCGCCUCCCACGAGAACAAAGUUUUCUUGUUUACCGUUGAGUCAGAAACAAAAUAAUGCCAUUAAGUCGUCAUAUUUCGGUAUUUCCCCCGUGUAGAUUGUGAGGUAGGUGCGAGAUCCGGCCGUACAAAGAGCUGGUCUCCAACGGGAAAGUCUCCCGGAGAAAACUAUAAAACACUCAUUAUCGGAGGCAUGGGCACAUUUUUCAAUUUUGGUUCCAUCUUGUGACGUCACGUCACGGUGUUGAAUUUCAAAUACCACGGGUAAACAGCCGUCAAUCAUGUCAAAGGGAAGUCAUAUUGUGUCUUCCGAUUGUGCCACUGGUUUGUCACGGCGAGCUCGUUAGAGACGAGACUGACAGCCGAGUUGAGACGCCGGGUGUUCGCCGUGCCUGUGCCGUCAGCAGCCCGCCCGCAAGAGGCCCGCGAGUUGGUAACGAUGUAUUUGUGUCAUGUUGUGUCGGACAGGUCUCCCUCCGCCAUGUACCGUCACCCCUCCCAGGGCAGCUACAACUUGAACCCGUACAACUACGCCACGGCGCACCCUGCCGCCUACCCCGCGGAGUACGGACAGUACCAGGUCCCGCCUGCCGUCAACGCCGCCGGCGAGAACCUGCAGCAGACGGCCGCCGCCGCCGCGUGGCAGUCCGCCGCCGCCUUCGGCUCGCACGGGCCCGGACAGAGGCCCGAGGAAUGGGACGGUCGCGGGUACAACUGCUCGGCGGGGACCGGGCUGACCGCCGGCCCGACCGGGUCCUGUACAGCCUUCCCCGGGAUGGACUACCCUGUCCCCGUCGGUGCCAUCCAGGCCAACAGCCCCGCCGUGUCGGGAGUGACGACCAACUCCACCAACAGCCAGAGACCGCAGCACAGCAGAAAUCCGUACGACUGGAUGAGGAAAAGCAACUACUCCACAAGUCCUCCCCCAGUGCUGUCCGUGCGAGGCAUGCCGCCCCAGGGCAGAAAGGAUGGCGGCAGAUGUGAGAUUCUUGGCCCUGAUGGUAAGACGAGGACGAAGGACAAGUACCGUGUGGUUUAUUCCGACCAUCAGCGCCUGGAGCUGGAGAAGGAGUUCUACUCCAACAAGUACAUCACCAUCAAGAGGAAGGUUCAGCUGGCCAACGAACUGGGCCUGUCGGAGCGCCAGGUCAAGAUCUGGUUCCAGAACAGGCGAGCCAAGCAGCGCAAGAUGGCCAAACGGAAGGAGCUUCAGCACGGCGGGCAGGGCGGGAGCGACGACGGAGGGGGGGUCAUGGGAGAGGUGUCCGCGCUCACGGUAGGCCCCCCUCCCCACCAACUCACCCUUCCCCCCACCGGAGUGGCGGCCUCCACCCUCAGCAACCCCCCUCUCCCCCCGUCCUCAUCCCCCCUCAUGACCAGCGCCAUGACGCAUGCAGUAACGUUGCCGUCGUGCGUUCCUUCCUCGUGACACUUCCAGUUCCAGAGAAACCGCUGUUGAUACGGACCAAAGGGAGCUGUUGUGUGGACAGAAGGAGGAAGAGACUUAUCAUUCCCCUCUAGCUGGACAAGAGAGAGAGAAAAGAAAAACUACCGACAAAUCGAACAUGUUUGUGUCCUCCGUGUGUCUGUGCAUCGUCAGCGCAUGAAGUUCGAGCUAUCUUUUGUACGGAGAAACAAGAUCACACUUCUGGACAAAAAAGUAUACUUCCACCUGUGUGAGGAAAAAGACACAUUAACAAGUUUAGACUAUAGAGAAAUCUUUUAACUGUUAUUAUACUUUCCAUGUUUAAAGUCACAACCAACAAGCACAAUCAUUUUACCCAUCUAUUUUGACAAAUCAGUAAAACAGACAAGGUUGGCGACGCAAUGAUACUUUUCUUUUCAACUUCUACGAACUUCUGGCUUUGACGAAGCUCCGAGUUUUGGGGAAGACACGAACGUAGUCCUAGAAAUGUUAGACAGAAAACCUUUCUUCAGUGGUAGCAUCUUCGUCUCGACGGCGUGCAAUGGCAAGCGUGCACACUGGCUACGUUUUGUAUAACGUUACCUGUUCUCGUAUCCUUUAUAUUUUCGUGUGUUUGAAACCGGGCCCAGAUGUGGUGCAAUGUACGGUUUACUUUGGUCAAACCAAAGAUAGUUUAGGCGAGAUUUUGUGGCUAGUAGAAGUGCUGUCGAUCAUAUCUUCGUACAAUCAAGCACCGAGCGGCUUGUAGCUAGGAGGUACUGUAAGACCAUCGCGACGAAUCGAGUGCUAUGUUUACACCAGCUCCUUUGUACUUACCGUUUGUCUCUUGUAAGGAUAGUUUUGCACCGAGACCGACUCUUUUCGCGAGCUGACAUCCAGAGAACCUCAUUAUGUAUGUAUUGUUGAGAGAAUAAUUAUUGGAUGAUGAGAUGAAGUCCUUUCUUGCUAUGCAUAUUGGAGUAUAUAUUUUCACCUUAAAGUGUAAUUUCAAACUAUGAUUAAGGAGAUUUUAUCCGUUCACUUUAUAUUAUAUAUUAUUAUGUAUCUUUUUGUUCUUUAUUCAGCAUGUGGUAGUGUAGUCGUUUGACACGUAUCAUACCUGUAGUGUAUGUAGGUUUAGGGAGAAGCCAGUUGUUGUUUCGGUUGGAACUGUGACGUGUACUGUACAGAUAUAGCCCGUAGAAACAAGCGUCCACACUUCCGAACACGACAACGUACUGUGUACCACCCCUGCCCCGUAGUCACACCGAGUCUUUGUACACUUAGCAGCGUUCUUUCUCCCCCUUUCUUCUGCCAUUUGAUGGAAUAAAGAUUUAUCAUCGCCGGA